CGUUAAGCGGAUUGAAGUUUUUCUUCCUGGGCCGGAGAACGAAUUAAGGCAGGCGCAGUUGUUUGCCGUUUGCGCGUGCGCAGUCAACUCCCUCUGAGGCGGCGGGGCGGUGCUGCUCUGUCGUACGCGGGUUCCCCAGUACAGCGGAUGGCCGUACAUCAUGAACGGGUGGCCCGGGCUGAGGACGGACUGUGAGGCGUUGCUUACUCGGUUCCAACAAUCCGAGAGCGUCCGCUUCGAAGAUUUCGCCUUGCUCUGGAGGCAGAACCGUUUCGACACCAUUUUUUAUGGUAAAAUAAGGACUCCAGAGCAAAUCAAGUUCACUAAAGAAGCUUUAGCCCUGGUAUGGCCCUACUUUUUGCCUCCUUACACUUUCCAGAUCCGAGUUGGUGCUCUUUAUCUUCUGUAUGGUUUGUACAACACACAACUCUGUCAACCAAAAGAAAAGAUUAGGGUUGCACUUAAAGAUUGGGCUGAAGUCAGUAAAUUCAAGCAGGAACUUUUAGAUGCACAGCACUAUGAUGCAGCAUAUAUCUUCAGGAAACUUCGGAUGGACAAAGCAUUCUACUUCACAGCAAUGCCCAAAUUUCUUUCAUUUAGGACUAAAAAGAACAUGCAUGCAAAUACUGACAUGAAGAGGGAAUUCAGAGAUCCAACUGAUCGUGUUGCCAUGCUUUGCCAUGAAAGUUUUUUGGAGGAAACAAAAAAUAUUCAUGAGCAUUACAAAAAAAUGAAAUGUCUGAUCUCUAUGGAUCAAAGUCAGCCAGAUAAGGCUAUCAGUUUGAUUAAAGAUGACUUCGCAGCCAAGUUCCAAGAUAUCAUUCUGGAUUAUCAACAGUGGCAGAAAAAGAAAAUGGAAUCUCCCUUAUCUACUGUGAGUGACGAAAUGCGGAAUGGAAAAGAAGGUUGUUCCCAGGAGUCUGAAGGAUCUGGCAGAGCUAAAACAUUAGCUGAAAUCAAAUCCAGAUCAUACUCUGCAGUUGCUCAGGCUUCAAAGUCCAGGCGACAUCGCCAAGUUAAGCUGGAAUCUUCUGAACUGGGAUCAAAUCGUGGGAAAACCAAAUUGCCUAGGGAUAGAAGUGUCAGGAAAUGUUUACCAACAGUGAAGAAGUCAGAACGUCUGCAAAAGAGAGGAACUUCAUUACCGACAGCACAGGAAAAUGUUGAGAGACUGAAUAUGCCUGUGAUUAGAGAUGAUGAUGAAGAAGAAAAUGAUCACUCAAGUGAUGAAGAUUUCAUACCUACCAAGAGGAAAAAGGCUCAUUAAGAGUGCAUCUUAAGGGAAAUGGUGAUACAUGAAUCGUCUGUCUGAAUGAACCAUGUUUUCCAGCUAGGGAUGAGACAGUCUGAAUGACCCAAUGCUAUGUUGUGAACUGGACACUUGUUAAGAAGACACAGAAGCAGAAAAGACAUUCUAUAAGUUCUGAUAAGCAUUAUAUAUGAUUUACUUCAUGGAUGAUUAUAAUGUUUUCUUUAUUCAUAUUUAAAAUAGAUUUUGGUAAAAGUUUGUUUCAUUUUUAAAAAGUCUUUAGCCAUGUUAAUUACAUGAAAGAAGAAACUCUUGUUCUGUACAGUAACAGAUUUGUAAAUGCAGUGGAUAUGUACAUUUCAGCUUUAUGCUUCCAUUGGUUUAUUUGUAAUAUAAGUUAUUGUUAGAAGAAUCAGAAGAUUUAACAUUUUUUGCACUGUUGAAAGUUAUGGAGUUUAUCUCUGCUUUUUUU